AGAAAUCCGUGAAGGCUUUUCCUUGCUCUCCCAAAGCUCCCUUAGUCUUAUUUCGGUCAUCCUUGGUUUCCAAGGCACUGAAUGCAGUGUUCAAGAAUAUGGAGGGUGUUGAAGGUAGUCUAGAGGAGACCCAAGACCCUAAUGAAAAAAGUGCCUUGAUCAGGAAAAGACUUGCCAGGAGCUGUAAGAGCAAGUUUACUGACAGCCAGAAACCUCAGAAAGGAUACCUGCUGCCGUCUGUGUCUGUGAAGAUCCUCCGUGACUGGCUCUAUAAGCACCGGUUUAAUGCCUACCCUACUGAAGAAGAGAAGCAAAUGCUGUCCAAAAAGACCAACUUAUCUUACCUUCAGAUCUCCAACUGGUUUACAAAUGCCCGUAGACGCCUUCUCCCAGGAAUCCUUCAAGAAAAUUCAAACAAAUUUACCUAUGAAGGCCAGGUUGCAGCCCAGAAGCAGCACAUCAGUCUAUCUGAAGAGGUUAAGGCACAGCCUAAUGUACAAGCAGAGAUGGGGGAUCUGUUCCUGCCAAUAUGGCAAGUAUCUCAAAAGCUAGAUCCUGAGUCUUCAAGCCAAGUCGUCACUGAAGCCCCUUCAGAGAAAGAAGGCAAGUUUUCCACCAGUCAGCCUUUGUCUUCUCCAGCAUCUGUGUUGCCAGAGGAAAACCCCGAUUUUAGCAGCUUCUACAUGCUGGUUGAUGCUGCUGUACAGAAGGCAGCAGAACUGGAGGAGCAGAAGAAGCAAAAUCUCAAUCAGUAAUCUCCAUCCCCACCCCUCUCAACAGUUCACAUAGUCAGUCCUUUGCACUUUGGUGGAUUAAUAUAUGCUCAACCUGAUUUAACUUACAAUGCCAUCUUUUGUCCUACGCCCCCACCCCCAUCUUGAGAAACUUUUUCCAUUAUCACAUCUCAAUUUUCUGCAUAUGUCAGUGUUUUCUGAUGAAACUCAAUAGCCACAAUUAUCAACUUUAACGAAUUUCUAAAUUCUCCUCCCUGGGCUUAAGUGUUAUAUAUCGGAUAUUAAACAUUAUGUGAGCUUCA